AUGAGAGUGGUUCAAAAAAACCUGGUUUACGUGAUUGGACUGAGCCCGAAGAUUGCGAAUGAGGAGAUCGCCAAAAUUGUCGUAAAUCGUCGGAAUCCUCCAGCAUCGACUGUCCCCAGCACACCUCCACCUCAGCCUAGCGUUGGAGUUUAUAUCACAUACGUACGAAAAGAAGACGCAGCAAGAGCAAUAGCCGCUGUGGAUGGCAGUAAUUCGGACGGCAAAGUGUUGAGGUUAAAAUUCAUACCACUGUUUCCACAAUUGACAGAGGAUGCUCCACAUAAGAUUCAAUUAGGUCGACCACCUUCAUCAGGACCAACCACAGUGUUUCCUCCGCCACAUUCUACUCAACCGCAUACUGUUAAGAAAGCAGAGCCUUCUCCGCACCGGAUAGUUGGACCAGAAAGUGAUAGAGGAAGUAACGACGAGAGGGAAGAGGCAUUACCUCCAACUGCUUCUUGGGCCACCAAACCAUCAAGCACAGAAACCACACCAAUAUUACAUAAUCAGCAACUACCUACAUCACAGCCAUCACACUCAGUACAGACACCUUUGUUGCAGUCAUCACAAAAUUCUUCAUUCACACAUGCAUCAAACUCACAACAGUCCUCUCCCACACCAUCAUCGUCUCAGGAUCCAAAGGCAAAACGUUUAUCAGAUGCACAAUCUAUAAAUGCAAAAGUGGUCAAAAAAAUGGAUUAUGUUCCUAU